AUGGAUGCUUUCGAUUUCGGUAGUGAGAAAAUAGAAAACAGAGUGAUUCUGAUAUUCCACAGUUUCAAAAGCAUUACGAAGCUUUUUCGCAUCGUUGAGUUCUGUGUUGGAGUUUUUGUGCUCUUAUGGAGCUCUACUCGGUUGCCUUUUGCCGUCAAAAUCUCCGGCGAAUAUUUCCGGCAACUUAUCUCCAUAAUACUUAGCCCUCUCUUCAUUUUCCUUAUUUGCAACGUCAUCGUCCUCACUCUCCUCUUCAAGUCCGGCCGACUCUUCGGAGAUUCCUCCUCAACUCUCUGUGCUAGCGCCGAAGCCGAACUCUACGACUCAUUCGUCGAAAAGGAAGAGUGCUCCGGCAAUUUCACCGCCGGUAACUCGUCUUCGCCGCCGGAACCGGAAGAGAUUGUCUACCAAGACAAACAGACUGUAUUGGAAGUGAAUACUCGGACAAUUUUUGAACCCGAAGAAACAGAAACGGUGACGGAGAAGGCAUUUUAUUCACAAGUUCCACGGAGAACUAAAUCGGAGAAGUUUGAAAGAGGAAGUUAUAAUAAGGAAAUAAGCGGAAAUAAGCUUCGUAGAUCGGAGACGGAGAGAUGCCGGAAAAUCGAUAAUUCCGGUGAUCCGUCGGAAACGGUGUAUCCAGUGGAUGAAUUAAGCAAUGAGGAGUUUCAGAAAGCCAUUGAGGAUUUCAUUGCUAAGCAAAUCAAAUUUCAUCAGGAAGAGAAGUUGGCUAUUGUUCUUCAUAGCCAACCAUAA